AUAUUGGUAUCAAAUGUAGUGUUAAUUCUCCAAGCUAAUUUUUGCAUAGUCGACGUUAGUCUUUAGCGAAGUUAAUGUUUUUUAAUUACUAAUGUGGGUGUGGAAAUCGUUUUGUGUUAGAGUUAGGCUUACCUGGAAUUGAUAAUAUCAUUAAUUUUAGAUAUUUGAUAGUAUAGAUACUUUUCUUGGAAGUUACCAAUUAUUUUUUCACAAAGUCGUACAAUAAUUUGAAUAAACAAAAUUAAAACUAAAAGUUUCACCAAAACAAUAAGAAAGGCCAAACAGUAAUAAACGAAGAGUAAGAAUUUUGAAAUGAAAUUUAAUAUCGUUUAAAUUUUAAGUGAAAAUAACUAAUCAAAAAUAGUAGAAUUACUAAUACUAGUACUAUUUAUGUGACUUAAGUCGUCACCUGAAGUGAGUUGAACUAGAGUAGGUUAACUCACUUUUUUCUGAGACUUUUAUAAUACCCACUAAAAAACGCAGUGUAACAAUAUUUUGGAGCAUUGUUCCACCAGCUGUUCAAUUAAAAUACUUUAUUAUAAAUAUUUAAGAAUUUCUUAUUAAGCAACUGCGGUAGAGUUAGGUUAUAAGUUAUGUAUAUGUUUCCUAAGUCAACUCAGUCUCAAGCCAUUAUUUAUUGAAUCUGUGGGAUGGAGUAUUUACGGAAAAAGACUGUAUUGAAGAUCGUUUUAAUCCUUUGCUUUGUUCUAACAACAUGUGGAAUUUUACUUGUCUACUUAUGCCCAGAAACAAUAUGCUCAUUUAAUCUACACGCAGACUCUCAGAAGUAUCCAAGUUGGCGAAAAAUAGGUUUGAAACAUCUCAUGGCUGAAAAUAUGGGAAAACCACUUUCAUUUUUGUCUCUUCCAUCAGAUUCUCAAAUAUCAGAAUCCGGAUUUAAAAAUAAAUUAUCAUUUGAUGAAAUGAUUAAAGACGAUUUUGAAUUUGAUAUCAAGGGGUCAGAUGUAAUUGUUUUUUUACAUAUUCAGAAAACUGGUGGAACAACCUUUGGUAAACAUCUAGUUCGAGACUUAGACUUAGAAAAACCUUGCAAAUGUAAGAGAGGGCAAAAAAAAUGCAAGUGUUAUAGACCUGAUUCUCAAGCAAAGUAUUGGUUAUUUAGUCGUUAUUCUACUGGCUGGAAAUGUGGUCUUCAUGCUGAUUGGACAGAGCUAACUAAUUGUGUGGAUACUGCUAUGGACCAAACAGAAAAAGAGGAGGCCAAAAGAAGGUACUUCUACAUCACACUGUUAAGAGAACCUAUAGCACGUUUUCUAAGUGAGUUCCGUCAUGUUCAGCGAGGAGCAACGUGGAAGUCUUCUAGACACUGGUGUGGAGGACGAGUUCCAACAGAAGAAGAACUUCCAUUUUGUUAUAGAGGAGAUGAUUGGAGAGGGGUAACCUUAGAGGAGUUUAUGAACUGCCCACAUAAUCUUGCUGUUAAUCGUCAAACACGUAUGUUGGCAGAUUUAACACUUGUAGGGUGUUACAAUAAUUCAGUUAUGAGUCAUAGAGCUCGUGAUCUCCUUAUGCUAGCAAGUGCCAAAGAAAACUUGAAAAAAAUGUCUUACUUUGGUCUUUGUGAAUACCAAAAAAUAUCUCAGUAUCUCUUUGAAAGCACUUUCAAUUUACACUUUUUUCAACCUUUUGAACAAUUUAAUGAAACACACAGCAGUCUGAUUAUGAAUGAGAUUGAUAUAAAAGACUUGAGAAAAAUACGCGAGUUAAAUCAUUUGGACAGUGAACUAUAUAAGUAUGCUAAGGAACUGCUUCUUGCUCGAUUUAAAAGAUUGAAGAAAGAUGAUCCUGAUUUUCAGGAACACUUCCAGAAUCUUGGGAUAAAAAAAUAUGCAUUGAAAUGAAUAACAGCAGCUUAAUAAUGUGGUCUCAUCUCAAAGUUUUUAGCUAUUUCUAUUAUUAAUGUAUUUUCAGUAUAAUUCCUGUGAACCUAUGAAAAAAGAAAAUUACAUUAAUAUGGAGAGGCAAUGUAUGAAUAAAAGUUCGAAUUUAUUUGUAUUCAUGUAUAUACAAAAAACAAAAAGAGAAACUAUUUUGUCAAAAACUUGUAUUCUGAGCACAAUAUAAAUGAUAACAAGAAUCAUUAUAUUUCAAACAUAAAUUUGUUACAUUUGAUAAGUGAUAUUUUACAAAUAACUGAGUGAAUGUUUGAGAUGCGUGUAAAGUGAGGGAGUCUGUUUUUCUCAGUAGGUAGAAAAUAUCUGUGAUUAUCAAAGAACAGUUUGUUUUUUUCUAUGCUUUUUUAGUUGUCAUUUAAGAAAUUUAUCUUACCUCUUUAAAACUAUAAAUCAAGAAGUAUAAUUUUCUCACAAAGAUUAAUUUCAGAAGUAUAUUUUUGUGAAAAGCCAAAAAAUUCUGUCUUUUUCAGUUUGUCAUUAUACAUUAUUAAUGGAGAUAAAUGCCAGUAGCACUUUUUUGAUUUAUAAGCUACAUUAUUUGUAAACAAUUUAACACAAUAAGAGACUAUUGUUAGCAUACGUACUGGUACAUACAGUUGAGUUUUGGAAGCCUAAAUGAGUUGAGUUUUUUCUACUUUUUCAGAGCCAAAAAUGUGUAAUUAUUAAAAAUUAAUAGUUAUUAAAUGAGGAUUUAUUAGAUUUUUUUCAUUUAUAUAGUGUUAGGUAACAAAAUGGUGCCUCUGUAUAUAUAUAUAUAUAUAUUCACAUAACAUAUUCGUUUAGCUUAUAUGCAUAUUAUGUGUGGUAUUUUGAUGAUGCAAUAUUUUCUACUUUUAAAUAAGAUGAAUCAACUAGUAUGAAAGUAAGUACUUUGGAUUUUUAUAGAAUUAGAUUAUAGAAAACACAUACAGGGACUUGGACUUGUGUGUGUACGAGUGUUGCAUGUUUUGCAUUGUAAUGACACUGACGUGCUUGCUGUUCAGUAUGAUUGCCAGCAUGUUAUACUUAAGUGUGAUCAUACUCAUACCACCUUCUAUAUGUUUAGCUAAAGAAUUCAGUUCACAUUUUUGUUUAUUUAGACCUGUAACAUGAAUAUUGAUUUCUUGGUUUUCUGUCUUAUCAGUGGAGAAAUGUUUCUGUAAGUCAUUCUGGCAGUGGCUAGAGGUAACAUGUUGAAGGAGAAGUACUUAGUGCUGGAUUUUAAGUUUUCAUAGGCUUAACAGGAAAACAAGUGGGUAGUGUAUUUUCGUAAUAUGAACAAGUAUCAUAUUCUAAAUCUGUAGCAAUUUUAAACUAGUAUCAGGCUAAGCCUACAUAAUGAAACAAGUACACACUGUCCAGCCUAUGUCAUUUAAUAUAACAACUCUAUUUGCUGAUAGGUGGGGUUGAAAAACACUGGUUAACUGACUAAAUAGCUAACUCAAUCUUCUAAUUAAUUAAUAAAGCUUCUCAGUUAAAAGUAAAAUUAUGAAUAUCUCUCAUAAAGUUUACAUGCAUGUUUGUUUAUUGUCUUUUUUUGAGUUAAGAUAUAAUUUAAGAAUACUGGUUGAAAAAAUAUGGUUAUCAAAAAGAACUUAUAAAUUCCAAACUAUUCAAUAAUAUAAAACAACAGUAUAUUAAAAAACAAAUAAUGAAAUACUCAUAGUUUAAAUAAAUGUAAAUAGCUUACCUGAUUUUAUAUUUGAAUGUAUUAUGGUCCCGUUUUUAAACACAUGUUUACUAGGCUUAAAACAAAUUCCCUUAAUAACUCUGGUCAACAUUAUAAAUAUAUUUGUAUAUAUCUCAAAACAGUCCUGUUUUUUUAAGGGGGCAACUAAUUGAUCGUGUUGACUGUUCUGGACAUGGUUUAAGGUAACACACUCAAAAUGUAAAAGAAAGCAACAUCUUUUUUUAUACAAUACACAAAAAUAUUGAUGUUUUAUAAUGUGUAAUAUUAUUGUAAUAAUCUUCAUGGAACAUAUUUUUUAAUUGAUUAAUGCAUUUUGAUUUUAAUUGGUAACAUUUAUAAUUUAUUUUCUGUCAAUGUCUGUUUUAUGUACACAAUGUGAAUUUAGUCAUUUGAUUUAAUUUGGUUUCAAGGUACCAGUAACAACACAAAAAAUACACUACAACAGUAAGAUUUCAAAGUAAAGAAACAUGAUAAUAGAGGACUUCUUUCUUCAGGGAUAAAUUAGAAAUGUUUCCAAUUAUUAUCAUAGCAGAAAGCUGUCGUUUUACAUCAAUUGGUAAUGUGCUCAGAUUUAAUGCAUCAUUUUGAAGAUAACAGCUUUUUACACACACUGUGUUAAUUCUGUAUGGACCUGGAACUGAGAUGUAAAUUAAAAAAAAGGAACAAUGAAGAAAACAUAACAUGAAACUAAAGCAUUUUUUCUCAUUUAAAGAUGCUUGCAGCUAAACAUACAAGUUAAUGCUAUUAUGACACUUAAACUAGAAGAAUUGAAAUAACUUUACAAUAUUUAUCAAGUCAAUGGAGAAAGCAGUUAAAUUUUAAAUAUUAGUAGCUUUAAUGCAGUGAUAGAACAGCUAUAGGUUUAAAAUACCAGUAACUUUACAACAUUGAUAGUCAUUGAAAUUUAGCAGCUGAUUUAGAAUAUUAGCAGCAUUACUGUAUAUUAACAGAAUCAGUGAAGUUUCCAAGUAAAGAUGUUUGUAGCUUUAAUAAACUGGUAAAACCACUAGAGAUAGCAGCAACAUUACACAUACAUUUAAUAAUAAGCUUUUGCUAAAUUUAUAUAACUACUUGAGGCAACAGCUAUAUUUGAGAUAGUAAUAGCUUUACUAUAUUAGAACCAUUGUAGAGUGUAGCUAAAGACCUUGUUAGUUUUACUGCUAAUGAUACGACUAAUAAGAACAGCAGCUAGCUUUUCAUCAUAAAUUAGAAAAAUAGAAACUUUUGCUAACUUAAUGAUGUAACUAUAUUUCAUGCAUUUGUAAAUCCACUGUGUAUACAGUAGAUUAUCAGUAUUAGUAGCAAUAUCGUACAACCGAAACAAAGCUAUUAGAUCUGUUGCAAGCAUUAGAAUACUAACAAGCAGAUUUAACUAUUGAUUUCAGUAAUAUCUAUAAGAUGUAUUGGAUUUUAAUAGCUAAACUCUACUUUGAAAACCUGAGAGUUCUAGCCCAAGACUGAAGGCAAUAUUGUAUGCAGCUAAAACCCAUAAAGUCCAUGCAUAGAACUCGAGUGGGGAAACUAGCAGCUACACAUUUCACACUAGUUAUUUCUGUGACAAAUAUAAAUUUUUGAUUGAUAAAAUAUUUUGUUAAAAUCAAUAAAAUCCAUUGAUAAUAUGAAUAAUUGAACUAUAUCUACGUACAUUAAGGAUUUGUUUAAAACAAAAGUACUUUUAAAAUCAACAAGGUUCAUAUUGUAUCUAGAAUUAUAAACUGUUAACAUGUUUAAGAAAUGUAUGUAAAUUAUAAAUCUAAAAACCAUGCAAUUAAAUAAAGCAAUUUUUUGUACUUUGUAGAGUGCUGUUUUAAUAAUGUAUUCUAUACUUUAUUCUAUUUGACCAGAAAGACAGCUUAAUUUUUGUGUUGAUAAAUUUAUGAUAGAUAACUGCCACCAUUACUAAAAUGUUCAUAAGAAAAUGUAUCAUCCAAUCAAUAUUAUUUCAGAUAUAUUUACUUUAUAGAUAAAAAGUUAUGUAUUUGAUUUAUUCUGUUUUCUUAAUAAAUCAGCAUGUUUAAACAUUC